GUCGAUGAUUGUAUACUAAUGCAUAGUUCCAUUGCCAUUAGCAUCAACCGGCGGAUGUGAAAUUAUGAAGCUGUGAAAUUAUGAAUUUCUUGAAGCGAAUUCCGGCUAUGAGUUGUGGCUCUUGGCCCAGGUUUACAAAGGCAAAUACUUCCCCAAAGGAACGUUUCUUCAGGCUUUGCCACGAUCUCGGCCUUCCUCGGGUUGGCAAACAUCAUGUAUGGACGCCAGUUGCUGGAGGUAGGUCUUCGUUGGCAGAUUGGAAAUGGAAGAACUGCCUCCCUCAUUCAUUCCCAAUGGAUACCUCGGUUCCAGCUUGACUCCCCAAGUUAUAAUCCGCAGAUUUUACCAGGUGAGGGUGACCCGAAGGUGGCUGAUGUCAUUUGUCAAGGGGAGGGGCGGUGGUGUGACACCAAACUUAGCCAGUGGUUUGACCCGUCUACCUGUCGGACCAUUAAAGCAAUUCCGCUGCCAAGGCAGAAUAUGGAGGAUAAGAUGAUAUGGCAUGACACGAAGGACGGGGUUUUCACUGUUAAAUCAGCCUAUCAUCUUGCAGUUUCCCUUGAUAGGAGGAAGGGUGGUUGGAAAUCUCUGGCAAGUUGGAUGGAUAAGGCUAGUUGGGUCAGAUUAUGGAAUGCAAAUAUCCCGCCUAAGUUGAAGGUCUUUGUCUGGCAGAUCCUCAAUCGGGCCCUCCCUACCACUGAGGCGCUAAUUGAGAGGAAGGUCCCCAUCCAUCCUCGUUAUCCGGUGUGUUGGGCUAGUUCUGAGACAAUGGAGCAUUUAUUUCUCGACUGCCCGGUUGCGGGAGCACUUUGGGAUUAUUCGGGGUUGGAUUACUUGGGAGAGGGGUUGCCUCGGCAUACUUUUCCAUAUUUUCUGAAGAAGCUGCUAGCCUUGAUUCAUCAGCCCACGCUAUUCAUGGCAGUUGUGGCGGUUCUUUGGAGGAUCUGGCGAUCGCGUAAUUGGGUGGUCUUUGAGGGUAAACAGUUCGGUUUCCCUGCGUUGAUGCGUCAGUUUCACCAGCAAUAUGAGGAGUGGAUGGCUUUGCCGCUUGCUGGCCCUAUGCAUGUCAGUUGCCCCACGGGGUCACAUCAGCUGGCUCCGGUGGCGGCGGAUAGUAUUGUGUGUAUGUGGGAUGGUGCCACUAAGAGUGGUUGCCAUUCGGCUGGUGGGAUUGUUCUCUUUACUCCUUGAGGGAGAUCCUCCUUGUAAAAGGUGUCCAAAUUCCGGUGAUUGAUGCCCUAUGGUGGUGGAACUGCUUGUGCUUAGGAUGGCGAUUCUUUGGUGUCUGGAGUUUGGAUUUGCGAACGUCAUUUUUGAAGGUGAUGCCAAGGUGAUCAUUGAUAAAAUCAAUCAAGCAGAUACUAGAGAUAACCAUGCAGGGGCUGUUCUUGAAGAAGUUGUGAAAUAUUUUAGGCCCCAUUCAGAGUUUGUUGUUCGAUUUGUAGGUCGGCGUAGCAAUAGGGUAGCCCAUCUGGUGGCUAGAAAGACCAUUUCUUUGUCCCCGACUACGAAUCAUGUCUUUGAUUUUCAGACCUGGCUGCAUUCCAGGGUGUAACUAUCUUUUGGUUUGAAUCAAUAUAUAUCUAUCUUUUGU